UACGCCACAUAUUCACUUGUCUCGAGCACAGUGCUUUAUCUCUGCGUGCAAUUCUCUUGUUGACCAGAGCGAGGCGCUGUUGUACAAGGGGAUGCACAAUCUCUAUUUGGUUGCGGGAAAUAUGUUUUAUUUUCUAAAUUAAGAAAUGACCGAAAACUUUUAAUGUAUCCCGUGUUUCAGACUGUAUCAGCAGACACUUUUAGAUGAGGAUGCUUUCGCCGACAGAGCCGACGAUCAUAUGUUUGAUCGGGAUGGUGUUAUGUCAUUUCUCCGACUGCUUUACAAACUAGCAGGUAAACUUGAAAAAAAAAAAAACAAGAAAAACAAGCCGUGGCAGAAAGCUUCACCUUUAUAACGACAUUUGACCGAAAAGACCCGAAAGCGUAUUUUCUUACCACUUUUAUCCGUAUUUAUUCGCUUAUGUUCUGUUUUUGCUUUUCGAUGUUUUAUUUGCUCUGUUUGGAUAAAUUGGAUUGGAUUAAAAAGCCAAAGGACCUUGUUGGUGGCUUUGCUUUGGAAAUAGUGCCGACUAUACAUAACUUGUGGUCUGAAUACGAAAAAUCUCUUUAAUGCUAAGAAAUAACUGUAUUUGCUUCCUGUUUACGCCGACGAAAGCAACCUGAGGAGUUCAUACUAAGUUUGUGUGCGAUCCGAUAAACCAGCUGCAGCUCGAGCUCACAGCUGUUCAGUAAAUUAGUGUAUCAAGCUGACACUAUUUCGUUUGGAAAAUAAAACAAAAUGCGAUAGACACGGGAAAGCAGUUCAUUCAGUUAAAUUGGAUCGGGUAUUUUGGCGUGAGGCCUGCUGGUCGGGCUUUUGCCGGGUGAGAUUUGGGGGUUAGGCCGCGUCAGGUCGCGUUCAGCCCGGCCGUGAGUAACGAGCAGUCCCGGCGCCAGAGGACGAGCUAUGGAGAGGAUGGAGGUGGACCAGUGCGCAUGCGCAGGAGGAGCCCUCCGAAGGUCGAACAGCGCCCCCAUGAUCACGAACGUCAGCGACGGGACGACAGUAUUCAGCUCUAAUAGUUCGGCUCGGUAUCGUCGGAGCAGCGUUUCUGUAAACCCGAGCUGUCCCUCCCGGACCCUUCCUCUGUCCCCAUUCUCCCUGUCAUGUGAGAGAUCCGAACACAAGAGACAGAUUGAGAAUAUGGAGCUCACUUUGAGAGGGAGUUUACAGAGACUAAGUGCCUCGCCUGCUGUUCCCUUCCCUCCUGUGAGUCAUUGGCAUGACCAUCUGUCUCCAGGAUUCCAUUCCCAGGACAGCGGUGUCACACCUAAUUCCUCACCCAGUCCAAUUCGAAGGUUUCGAGGAGGAUCUGUGAGCUCUGGAGUGAGAUGGCCAUCAGUUGCACCUUUGAAAAGGAAAGGUGGAGUGGAAUCGGACGGUCCGCCCAAAAAGCUCUUUGUUGCUGGAGUCACAGACCCUGCUCACAUAACCAGUUACACAGUCAGUGUUUCCCAGUCAGUGGACUCUUCCUCUGGGACUGCUCCUGUCGGUUCAAACACCCAGGCCACCCCCCUGUCCCUCUCCCCUCCGCCCCCCUUCACCUCUCACCACCCCAGCAUCUAAACCCCAGUAUUCAUCACAUCAUCACCUUGUAGAGCUUUGGACUCAAGGUGUUGUAAAAUGAAGACCAAACUUCGACCUAAACUCGGUUCUGUCCCGUUUUGUUUUCCUGCUUUUAAUUUGGUGCUUUGAAUAGAGGAUUUCAGCUCAAUCCCUUCUGAAGGAAAUUUGGCCUAGUUGUGACUUUGAUUUCAAAGGAAAUCCAGAUGCAAUAGAAGAAGACAAAAUCUUCUGGAUGUAUCUGACAUGACAACAUGCAGGCUAUCAUGUAAUUUGUGAAUAAUUAUGGAUCUUCUGUGCCUACGGAAUAGUGUGUUAUUUAUAUGAAAUAGUAUCUGCAAUAACACAUUGCAAUGAAAGUGUUCAGGUAAUUGAAACCUGGCGAAUAUUGACACAAAGACCCUUUCCUCAGUGUACAGACUCAAGAGAAAGACCAGUUUUGCUCUUUGUUUUCCUCAACUCUUGUAUUUUGGCACAUCUUCAGCUUCCAUUAGCAGGGUCCAAUGGUCUGGUAAAACGUCCUGAAUGCAUAGAAAAAGGACUAAGGAUAGAGAGUAUUAAAAUCAGUUGGCCAUAGAUGUCAACUUUUUGUAUAAAUGUGUAUAAAUAUGUGAAUAAUCAAAUAUUAUUUUGGUAGGUAUUAAUCCUAUGUUCUUCUCUUGCUUUUAUCCGAGGGUUCUGAUAUCUGUAAAUAUGUUUAUUUUUCCAUAUGGCUUUUAGCUUGGACUGAACUUUUUGAGUUUGAAAAAAUAUUCCUUAAAUCAUUGGAAAUACCAGCGAAUUCAGGCAACUCCCACAUUUUGAUUCGCUUAUCGCUUACUUGAAGAAAUAGUUCACCCAAAAAUGUUAAUUUGCUGUCAAUUUAUCUACCCU